AUGAUGCAGCAUUUCACGCUGUUGGUGCUAAUCAGCUUUUACUUGGCCGUUGUAGAAUCAAAGAAUUACAAGAAUGAGAGACCAUGUUUAAGCUCACAAGAUGCUAAGGUUGAGAUCAACAAGCGAAUGGCUGUUGGAAGCUGGGACCAAGCAAAUCACGAAUCAGCCAUUGUUGACACAAGCAUUGUACCUGAUUGUUUGGAUUUAUGCCUUGAUGUGAUGCAUUCAACAGAUUCACAGGUGUCAACUAAUGGCGCAGAACCGCUAGAGCAGCUUGUAAAGAGGUAUGGAUAA